UAAAAUUAUUGCCAAAAAUAAUCCAAUUAUUGCUGGACUGGGAAAGAAAACAAAUCUCUAUUUAGUAUUUAUCUAGAAUUUAAAAUUAAAACGUAUACGUAAAUGAAAAGUUUUAAAAGAGCUGGUUAACACGCAAAAUAUUUGAAUAGUUUAUAAAAUAAUUACGUUUUACUAAAAUGCUGAAAGUAUUACGAACACCGAACGCCUUAAUAAACUUACAAUCGAAAGUUAAAUUUCCAGAAAAGUUCAAAGGUACGAUAAUAGAAAAAUGGGCAAAUUAUUGGAAAAAUCUGUUCAUUGAUUACCGACAAAUGCUGCAAGAUUUGCGGAGCGAUAUGCAAGAAGAUCCAAAAAAGGCUUUGAAAUGGACUGCAGGCAUUGUGACAUUGGGCGCCCUGGCUAAAAAUAAUCCAAACGAAUUAGAUUUUAAAGAUAACAUGAAACGUAUCACGAAUGAGGUGAUACUCGUGAGUGAGGAAUGUAGGCACCCCAAGUCUGUUGAACAUUUGCAGUAUUUACAGCAGUGUUACAACGAAGGCGUAAUCAAGUACACAACUUUAGGAAUCGUAUCCUUCAUGUACACUUCCAGUUUGAAGGAUUCGUGUGACCUGUACAAAGCUCACUGUUCAUAUUUAAAACCAUCAUAUUUCAGUAUAUUCUCAAGAAUUGUGGAUGUCGGCUUUAUGGGCAAGUGGUGGAAUCUUCACAUAAAAACAACAAACUAUGAUGUUAAUGAAUGAACUGUUUAUCAAUAAUAAAAUAUUAAUUUUAGACUUUAUUAGAGAAAUAGAGUUCCUUAUUGUGUUAA